UGUACACUAUCCGGUUGCAAAGAUAUUAGGAUUAGGAAAAAAAUUUGAAUUGUGGCAAAGACUCAAUUCCUUUAGUCAAAAUGCGAACCUAAACCGAAUAAAAUGAACAACUCAAGGUGUACAGAGGUAGAGGCGGGGCUGGGUAAAAUUCAAUCCGAACACUGGCUCAAUGUUAUCAAAGGAAAAUCUAGCACUGGAUGGUAUAGAGGACAAUGGUCCGGAGUACACAGACACGGAUACGGGUACAUGAAGUACAAUUCAGGUGUUGAGUACGAAGGUGAAUGGAGAAAAGAUGUGAGGAACGGCUUUGGAAGGCUCACAGGUUUAAGAAUUGAGUAUCGAGGAGACUGGAAGGAUGAUAAAAGAUCUGGGUUUGGUAUUCAACACUGGAGCAGAGGAAAAAUGGUUGAAUACCAAGGAGAAUGGGUAAAUGGAAAAAGAAAGGGAUGGGGGAGAGCAAAAUAUAGAGACGGAGAGAGAUUUGAGGGACAGUGGAGAGCAGGGGGAAGAGAGGGACUAGGAAUAUCCAUAUAUCCAGAUGGGUCUGUUUAUGAGGGAGAAUGGAAAAAUGAUGAAAAACAUGGACAAGGAAGGUUUAUCAGUGCAUUAGGAACUAUUCAGGAUGGGGAAUGGAGAAACAAUAUUGCUGUGAGAAGUACAAUACUAAUCAAGAAAGAUAUACAACAGGAUUUAAAGGAUCCUCUCUGUACAUAAGAUUACCAAAUAAAGUGACAUGUACAUACAUUAUA